AUGAGACCAAAGCAAAAUUCUGAUACUACGAUCACUGCUGCUUCUACGACCAAUUCUUCCGGCGCGUCGUCCGUGUCACGUAUUCCUACAUGUUCAUCAUUUGGUUCUCGAAUGUCUGUCAUAGGAACAGCACAUCCAGAUGUUGUGAGAAUCAAAGUCUAUAAACCAAAUUCUGUUAAUGGUGAAUCAGAAUCAAAAAAGUUCUGUGUUGAUCCACGUUUAACAUCUUAUAAUACAUUACAAUGUCUUAUUGCUCAAGCAUUUGAUAUUAAAACAGAUUUUGUUAUAAAUGCAAUUGUAAAAGAUUCUUAUGGUCGUGAAACGAUAACUGCCAUUUGGAGUGACUGGGAUUUAGAUGCGGCAUUUCAAAAUGUAAUACAAGAGUCAUGUCUAAAACUACGCUAUGAAUUAACUCACAGAGAAGAUGGUUUAGACGAUUGGGAUUUUAUUCAUAUUGGUGAUUUUGGUUCAAAUAUUCGAUGGUUUAGUGUUGAUAGCCGUUCAAUAAUAGCAACGGUGAAUCAAACAGCUGGAAAAGCUGCAUCAGCAUUAAACAAAGCUAUAAAUUGGAUGUACGGUGUUAAUGGUCGUCGUAACAUUCAGCCACUUGGUGAAGGUGAUUUGAAAAAAUUUCUUGAUUGUGAAGGAAGAUUAAUACAUAACAUCGAAUUAAGACAAGCUAUAUUCGACGGAGGUAUAGAACCAUCAUUUCGUAAAGUAGUAUGGAGACAUUUGUUAAAUAUCUUUCCAUCGAGUAUGACUGGAACUGAAAGAAUUGAAUAUCUAAAAUCUGUCAAUAUUCAAUAUGAAAAAUUAAAAAUGAGAUGGGCACAUGAACAUGAAUCAUGUCAAGAAAAAACAGAGACAAUUCGUUUAAUAAUGCAAACAGUUAGAAAAGAUGCACUACGUACCGAUCGUGCAUUUGGAUUUUAUGCUGGAUCAGAUAAUAACGUGAAUGUACAAUCAUUAUUCAAUAUUUUAACGACAUAUUGCGUUAAUCAUCCAAGUAUUACUUAUUGUCAAGGAAUGAAUGAUUAUGCAUCAACAUUGCUAUAUGUUAUGAGAGAAGAAGCAUUAACUUAUAUAUGUUUUUGUUCUAUAAUGAAAAGAAUUCGAGCAAAUUUUGCUACAGAUGGUGUAGCUAUAGCGACGAAAUUUCAUCAUUUAAAAGUAUUGUUUCAAGCAGUUGAUCCAGUCUACUGGGAUUACUUUUGUACGGCUGAUGCAGUGAAUCUAUUAUUUGUCUAUCGUUGGCUAUUAUUAGAAUGCAAACGGGAAUUUCCAUUCAGUGAUGCAUUACGCGUAUUAGAAGUGAUGUGGUCAACUUUACCUAUUGACAAUGAACCACCGUCAUUAAGUGAAAUACCAUUGUUAGCAACAUUAGACUCCAAUGAAAAAUUAUGUUUUACAUGUGCAAGUACUCGACCGGAUUGUUCUGUCCGACGUGCAAUUAGUUGUCCUGAUCUUUAUUUAUCAACAGAGCCCAUACCAAUGGAUCAUUAUCUGUCACGUUUUGAUAAUUCAACUGAGCCUUUGUUCUUAAGUUCAUCGUGGCCUAGUAUUACACGAUCAACAAAUGAAUAUUGUGGACGACAUAUAAAACGAUCUUCUACCGAUGAUUAUUCUUAUUAUUUCAUGUCAUCAUCCCAACCACAUUCAUCUCAAUAUCAACAACAACAACAACAACAACAACGUCAGCGGAGUUUAGAAAAUUCAUUUUCUGUAUCAGAAUUAUCUGAAUUUGAUUGUGAUGCUGCGAAUCAGCCAAUUGCAGCCACAGCAGCCCAAAUAUCUUGGAUAACUCGAUUACCACCGUGUAAUAUGUGGUUAGACGAAGAUAAUCCAUUUUUGUUAUUUCUAUGCAUUUCAAUAAUGUUGACUCAUCGCACAUAUUUACUAAAACAAAACAAUUUAGAUGAACAAGAUAUUGCCAUGUAUUUUGAUCGUUAUCGUCGAAGACAUCAUGCCGAUCGAAUUUUAAAUUGUACCAGGACUUUGUAUUCACAGUAUAUACAAUGGUCAAGAAAAAAACGAAUGAUCGAUGAUCUCUCUCAAUUUUCAGCUAGUUAA